GGCAGGGCUUCCCACUCUCCAACUCAUGGACUUGUCUCCCUCGCCCCUCCACAACACCACACGUUUCUGGAAACACAUUUCCUUGGUCCUGGACCACAUACUGAUACAGGAUGUUACUGGUAUGAAUAGGCAGCGUGUGUUUACAAUCAAGAGAGUACUCAUGUAUGGGCUCAAUCCGUGUCCAAUAGCAGCCAAGGGGACUGACACGGCGUUACAGUGGAACUGCACUCACCAUCACAGUUCUACUGCUGUUGUCUUGCAAUAUGUAUCACGUCCCAGAGAUCUCUUCGAGAGGCUUACAAGACUUCCAUUUCAAAUAUACGACCGUUGGUGGCUACUUCCUGCAAUCGGAGAAGGACACCGACCCCGACCGGUUCGACUUUAGGAAAGAGAACUUUGGAUUGAUUGACAGAGAGUACGAAACCGACUCCGGGAAUGAGGGGGGCAAGAAAGGGCACUGGCGACGGUUCGAGAGGUAUGUCCGCCAUGUCAACGAGAAGAGCGAGUUAGGUGUGCAGUUCAAGGUGCUCUUUCUAGGGAGACACGGGCAGGGCUGGCACAACGUUGCAGAAGCCAAAUACGGCACUGCAGCAUGGAAUUGCUACUGGUCGAUGCUUGACGGUGCAGAUGGCAUCACUUGGUCCGAUGCCCAUCUGACAGAGAUAGGCCAUGCACAGGCCCAGGAUGUUCGCCAGCUCUGGCAGUCACUGCUACCGGACAUUCCAGCCCCAGAGAGCUACUAUGUGAGCCCCUUGACGAGGGCCAUCGAGACGGCCGACAUCAGUUUCAAGGGACUUGAACUGCCUAACGGCAAGCCGUACAAACCAAUUAUCAAAGAGCUUCUCCGUGAGGCCAUCGGAGUGCACACGUGCGAUCGACGGAGAAGCGCCUCUGAGAUCCAACAUGCCUUCCCUCAUGUGAGUCUGGAGUCUGGUUUCUCCGAAGAGGACCCCCUGUGGACCUCCAACUUCCGCGAGCCCAGAAAGGCGCGCAAGCACCGCCUUGCCAAGCUGCUCGACGACGUCUUUGCCCACGACGACGGGGUGUUCCUGUCCUUUACCAGCCAUUCGGGAGCCAUUCGCAGCAUCCUGGAUGCGAUCGGGCAUCGAGAGUUUGGCCUCGAGACAGGAGGAGUUAUUCCCGUGUUCGUGAAGGCGGAAGUGGUGAAGGGAGCGAGGCCAGCUCCUCCCGACGAGCCAAGUGAAGGCCCGCCAGCGUGUCCGUCCCCUCCAGUGAUGAUGCCGAAUUAAAGGCACAGAUGGAGUAGCGAUGAUGGCAUGGAUCACUGGAACACGGUCUCGAAGCGGAGCAAUCCGGAGACAUGGGAGGAUACGAUGCUGUGCACGACGCUGCCAUCAGCUCGCACCCGAGGGCAGUCCAAUCGCAAUCCCUCGUUCAAUUCUCCGCAUACUCACAAACCAGCAAAACAUUGUCACACAUCGGACUAACAGAUGGUUGGCGGUGCGCUGGAACACGAGUCGAAGCAUUUAUAGGAAAGCAAGCUCGCUGGUAAAUACUGUAGC